GCCUUAGACAGCGGGAACGGGGGAUGCUAGCGCAACCAAACUGGCAACCCCCCGCUGCCGGUUUGGUCAGUUGUUACUGAGAGGAAGAUGGUGGGCUUCGCGACAGCAACGUGCUCUAAACCCCGUCCCAAACACUUUGGAAACCACUCACUAUCCCAACCCGGUGUCAGAUACAGAUUACCGGGGGACCGCCACAGAUAAUACACCGUUAGCGCCGUUGGUGGAAGGGACUUCUGCGCCAACGCGUCACUCCGGGACUGAGGACAGCGUGGAGACGCCGAGCGUGCUGGUGGUCGGUGCUCGCAGAGGACACUCCACCCCGCCGUGAGCGAAAGUGUGAGAGCGGGUGUAAUUUUAGUGACCGUUCGCCGCGGAGGCCGAACCACGAAGAACAUCCAGCCCGCUGCUCCCCGCCACCGUCACGCCAACUGUCGAGUGCGCGAGGAGCCGAGUUGACGGUUCGCCAGUAAGCGGGCUAACUUUGGCUAGCUAGCCCCGGCUACGGCAGUUAGUCAGUUACCCUUGUGAACAGUGGACCGAAGCGCCACUCAAAAUGCCACGGAGCAAAAAAGGGAAACGUGGUUCCAGCAAGCCGGGCUCUCUUCGUCAAGAGGUUCUUCAGCUUCACCUGCCGAAAGGUGUCAGAAAUGGGGUGAAGGGAGAGUCUGGUCCAAGUGACGACGAGCUGACGUCUGAUAUUCUCAGCCACUGCAGCAGUGCCAGCGAGUGCACUUCUGUGCUUGAAGAGGGCUUAGGAGGGGAGCAAGUGGAUGAGCAGACUGCCCAGGAAGAAACAGAAGACAAGCUAAAGCAGUGUAUUGACAACCUGAUGGAUAAGAGCACUAAGACGCGUCUAGCAGGGCUCGAGUCGUUGCGACAGGCAUUCUCCUCCAGAGUGCUGUACGACUUCCUGACAGAGAGACGCCUCACCAUCACUGACUGCCUGGAAAGGAGCCUUAAAAAGGGCAGCGUGGAGGAGCAGGCAGCGGCGGCCACAGUCUUCACUCUGCUCUGUAUCCAGCUGGGGGGUGGAGACGAGGCAGAGGAGGGAUUCAAGAUGGUUCGUCCCAUCCUCACCGCAAUUCUAAUCGACAAUGGUGCCAACAUAGCAGUCCGCCAGAGUUGUGCCAGAGCUUUGGGGAUGUGCUGUUAUGUCUCUACUGCUGAAGAAGGAGAGGACUUGAUCAAGUCCUUGGCCCUACUGGAGAGCGUGUUUACGAGUUCCUACCCCAAUAGAGAGGGAACGCUGCCCACCCCCAAACCCGGCAGUCCGGCCCUACACAACGCCGCCCUGCAGGCCUGGUCGCUGCUUGUCACGUUAUGUCCUGAAUCUAGAUUGACUGUGCUGCUUGACCAUCACCUCCCCAAACUACAAGCCUGUCUGCAGAGCAGUGACGUCAACUACAGGAUAGCAGUGGGAGAGACAAUCGCCCUGCUGGUGGAGCUCAGACGAGAUAUGGAUGAGGAAUUUGAGCUGGACAGUGAAAGUAUGUGUGAAUGUCUGAAGAGUUUAGCCACAGAUGGCAAUAAGCAUCGAGCCAAAAACGACCGGCGGAAACAACGCUCCGUCUUCAGAGAUGUGCUUAAUUACAUUGAGAAUGAGGACUUCAGUGUGGAAAAGAUCAGGUUCGGAAUGGAGAGCGUGUACGUCGACAGCUGGAUGAGGAGAAGAAUCUACGACGCCUUCAAAGAGAUCCUGGAGUCCGGGGUCAGACACCAUUUACAGUUCAACCCACUACUGAGAGACAUCUUCGGCCUCGGCCCUCCCCUCAUCCUGGACGCUGCGGUGAAAGGCCCCAAGAUCUCUAGAUUUGAGAAGCAUCUUUUCAAUUCUGCUGCCUUCAAAGCCAGGACUAAACAGAGGAGCAAAGUUAGGGACAAACGGGCUGACGUCAUGUGAGAGAAGGAUGGUGAUGAAGAGAAUGGAAUGUAUGCAAUAAACUCCUUGAGUUUUAUUGAGAUGGAUGCAAAAUGAGGCCUUCAGCUGCCAGACAUAAAGACUCAACAAACCUACAGGGCUUUUCACUUGUGCUCUUCACUUGUAAGCUAGUUCUUGAGAUACAAGAUGGCCAUUUAUAUGCCCAGCUCCCCCUGCCAUAGGCACCCAUGCCUUUUCCUAUUGUCAAGUUUUACAAAUACUGGUUUGGUGCUUUAAAGUAGAUAUAGACUAUUGAACUAAUGGUAAACAUUUUAAUGUGAGCUUGAAACCACUUUACACAGCGGUAAAAGACAUGUCCAGGUAUCAAAAAGUUCUUCCAUAAAUUUUAUCGAUAGAAAUAAAGACCACGUGGUGCAUUCGGUCUCAUGUAAGACUCAAACAUUUAGAAACUUUACACAGUAUAUUAGAUCCGUGGAAGCGUCUGACUUAUGGUCACUGCAAAAGAGCCACGAUGAUAUUCUCUAAAUACGCUUUUCCACUGUCUAAAUAUUUCUUCGUUUAUCCUGUCUUUACACAUAGUGUUUGACUGGCAAAGCAGAAGCUGACUUUACAAACAAUGCAAACUAAAAGAAAAUGUGUGCGGUGUACGUUUGAGUGUUUUAAUCAAACUUAAUUUAACAUUAAAUAAAAUGCAUACAAAACACAAACCGAAGAUGCCUAAUUAAAAAAGGUAAUGUAUGUUUUAACCAUUUCUGCAGGGUGAUAAUUUAUUGUAAGAGCAGUACUGUACUGCUGUUUUUUAGAUUUGUUAAAAAAUUCUAAACUGUUUACAUACACAAUAAUGGGAUACCAAUGAUGAGAACAAUUCUUUUUUUUUCUCAUGUAGAUUUUUUAAUGAGAAGGGGUGGCUCUUCCAGUCUAUCCAUAUGCAUGUGCUGGGCUUCAUGGUGAGAUAUGUACUUGAACCAAUAUAUACAUUUAAAUGACUUCCUCUGAGGAGCAGUAAACUGGAGCUGCAGAUCAGAUGUUUAAUGUUUUUGUUUGUUUUUGUUUGUCAAUUAUUUUGGAUUCAUAUUUAAUUUAAAAAUGCCACUUAACAGUUACUUGGGAAUUUCUGUACCUUGAUAGAAAUCUUAUCAACUUUAAAAGUGUAUAUUGUUGAUCUGGGUCUGAGUUUCCAAGUUUAGGAACAGGCCAUCCAUGCUUCAGCAUCACCAAAUUGACUCAUCAGUUUUUCUGGUGUUGAACAUGAACAAAAGAUGAAUCAAAGGAAAUAAAGACUAUUUAAGCAUGUGUGUCUUUUGCAACUUGAAGAUGAUCAGUUGGUAAAAUAAAUGCUAAUACACAUUGGGAACGUUAAUUGGAUAAUUAUCCUAAGAUGGAAGGAUACAAAGUUAAAA